GACCACCAUUAGAUAAUUCUGAGCUCUGCCUCUGGUCAACAUUCAGUUCUGAUCUCUAUCUUGAUAGAAGGAUAAGAGAAAAAAAGAUGAUGAAGGUGUAAAACGAAAGAGCUCACGCCGCCAAAUAUGUAACCCUCCUCACAGUAUUCCUUCCUCUGUGAAACCGGGGAAAUUGAAAAGAAAAAACAAAAAAUAAAAAAUGAACCUGGUUUUGCUCUCUGCACUGGAGACAGAAGCAGCACCAAUGGCAAAACAAUGUGAUUAUAAAAUAGCCCCAUCUCUCUCUCUCUCCUCGUCAUUCGUGCUCGCCCUUCGCUGCCAUAACAUACACAUGCUCUCACCUUCUUUGUCUUUCUCUAACAGACUUAAAUGCACCGCUCUUUGAAGCAUUACAAAGAUUAGUUUUAUUGUUUUAAAGCUCAUGGUUUCUUGAAAAAUGGCUGCAAUCUGAAGAUUUUUGCCGAUAAAGAGAGCUGUGAAUUCAGAUGCCGAUAUGGCCACCCACCAAUAAUCGCAACACAUGAAGUCUUUCAUCAGAUUUGCAUGGCUCUCGACUUCUAAGUUUCACUGUGCAAUGAUCCAUUGAAGGGAAUCAUUAGUUUCUGAUUCCAGCACUUUUAGAUAAAUCGUUUCUUGGCUGGUCAUUUUCUUAAUUUCUCUUCAUCUAAAGUAGAUGUUCGUUCAAUUGUAUAGUACAUAUAGCUGUUUUCUGCUGCAUUGGUAGUUCUUAUUUUCCUAAAGAAGUGCACGUGCCUCGCUAUCGACAUGAACAACUUUAAGCUAGGGGUAGACGUGGUUAGUGCUCACAAUCUUUUGCCAAAAGAUGGACAAGGUUCAUCCAGUGCCUUUGUGGAGCUCUAUUUUGAUGGCCAGAGGUUCCGUACCACCAUUAAAGAAAACGACCUCAAUCCUGUUUGGAAUGAGAGUUUCUACUUCAACAUAUCUGACGCUACCAACCUCCACUAUCUUACUCUUGAUGCCUAUGUCUACAAUAAUAUCAGACCUACCAACUCCAGAUCCUUCCUUGGAAAGGUUUCCCUCACAGGGACUUCAUUUGUUCCAUACUCUGAUGCCGUUGUGUUGCACUACCCCUUGGAAAAGCGUGGAAUUUUCUCACGCGUAAGAGGAGAGCUUGGCUUGAAAGUUUAUAUCACUGAUGACCCAUCCAUAAGAUCAUCUACACCACUUCCUGCAGUUGAACCCUUGCCACCUAAGGAUCCAGGUUUAACCCAUGGCCAGGCUCAAAUGGUGCAUCCUGUCUCAAGCUCCAUACCUCAGAAUAGAGUAGAUAGACACACCUUUCAUCACCUCCCUAACCCAAAUCACCAGCAACAUCAGCAUCAUUCUUCAGCCCCUGUAGUCACCCAUCAUGUUCCGAAGUAUGUAGCUGAUGAGAUGAAAGCUGAUCCACAACCUCCAAAGUUGGUCCGUAUGUACUCUGCAUCAUCAUCACAGCCUGUUGAUUAUGCACUUAAAGAGACAAGCCCGCUUCUUGGUGGGGGAAGAGUUGUUGGUGGUCGUGUUAUUCAUGGUGACAAGACUGCAAGCACUUAUGAUCUUGUUGAACGGAUGUUUUUUCUCUAUGUAAGAGUAGUUAAGGCUCGUGACCUUCCUGCUAUGGAUGUUACUGGAAGUCUUGAUCCAUUUGUUGAGGUGAAAAUUGGAAACUACAAGGGAAUCACAAAGCAUUUUGAGAAAAAGCAAAACCCUGAAUGGAACCAAGUGUUUGCAUUUUCAAGGGAACGCAUGCAAGCUUCUGUAUUAGAAGUAGUGAUUAAGGAUAAGGAUCUUGUUAAAGAUGAUUUUGUAGGCAUUAUGAGGUUUGACAUCAAUGAGAUUCCACUCCGAGUCCCACCUGAUAGUCCUUUGGCUCCGGAGUGGUAUAGGCUUGAGGAUAAGAAGGGAGAAAAGAUUAAGGGAGAGCUAAUGCUUGCUGUCUGGAUUGGCACCCAAGCAGAUGAGGCUUUUUCUGAUGCGUGGCAUUCUGAUGCAGCUAUGCCUGUAGAUAGUGCUCCAGCAGCCUCGACAAUGAUACGCUCAAAGGUGUAUCAUGCACCAAGGUUGUGGUAUGUUCGCGUUAAUGUUGUUGAGGCACAAGAUUUGGUCCCAUCAGAGAAGACCCGUUUCCCAGAUGUGUAUGUUAAGGUGCAGAUUGGAAACCAGGUUUUCAAGACAAAGACAUGUCAGGCUCGAACUUUUAAUGCAUUCUGGAAUGAGGAUCUUUUAUUUGUUGCAGCUGAACCCUUUGAAGAUCACCUUAUCCUUUCAGUUGAGGAUCGUGUAGCUCCUGGCAAAGAUGAGAUAAUUGGCAGGGUCAUCAUACCAUUGAACUCAGUGGAGAAGCGGGCUGAUGACCGGAUAAUUCAUUCUCGUUGGUUUAACCUUGAAAAACCUGUUGCUGUGGAUGUGGACCAGUUAAAGAAAGAGAAAUUCUCUAGCCGUAUUCACCUUCGAGUCUGCUUAGAUGGAGGGUACCAUGUUCUUGAUGAGUCCACUCACUACAGCAGUGAUCUCCGCCCAACAGCCAAACAGCUUUGGAGGCCACCAAUUGGGUUAUUGGAACUUGGCAUCUUAAAUGCUGUGGGACUACAUCCUAUGAAAACACGAGAUGGGAGGGGUACAUCAGAUACAUAUUGUGUGGCAAAGUACGGACACAAAUGGGUUCGAACACGCACCCUUAUUGACAACCUGCACCCUAAAUACAAUGAGCAGUACACCUGGGAGGUCUUUGAUCCAGCUACAGUUUUGACUGUUGGUGUAUUUGACAAUAGCCAGCUUGGGGAAAAAGGUUCAAAUGGUAAGGACCUGAAGAUUGGGAAGGUUCGGAUUCGCAUCUCUACACUUGAAACUGGCCGUGUUUAUACACACUCUUAUCCUUUACUUGUUCUUCAUCCUACUGGAGUUAAGAAAAUGGGAGAAUUGCAUUUGGCAAUAAGGUUUACAUGCACAUCUUUCGCCAACAUGCUUUAUCAAUAUACAAAACCACUUUUACCCAAGAUGCACUAUAUAAGGCCCUUUACUGUAAUGCAGCUGGACAUGCUGCGUCACCAAGCUGUCAACAUAGUAGCAUUACGGUUAGGUCGGGCAGAACCUCCAUUGAGAAAGGAGGUGGUAGAGUAUAUGUCAGAUGUGGAUUCACAUCUAUGGAGCAUGCGCCGAAGCAAGGCCAAUUUCUUUAGGCUAAUGACAGUAUUCUCAGGAUUCUUUGCAGCUGGAAAGUGGUUUGCGGAUAUUUGCAUGUGGAAGAAUCCUAUCACAACAGUACUUGUUCAUGUGCUCUAUCUUAUGCUUGCUUGCUUCCCAGAACUCAUUCUACCCACUGUUUUCCUUUACAUGUUUCUAAUAGGGAUAUGGAAUUUUCGAUAUCGUCCAAGAUACCCUCCUCAUAUGAACACAAAGAUCUCCCAAGCUGAGACAGUGCAUCCAGAUGAGCUUGAUGAGGAAUUUGACACAUUCCCUACAAGCAAGAGCCCAGAACUAGUUCGAAUGAGGUACGACAGGCUACGAAGUGUGGCUGGUAGGAUUCAGACGGUUGUUGGUGAUAUUGCAACUCAAGGGGAGCGGUUUCAGUCACUGUUAAGCUGGCGAGACCCUCGUGCUACUGCCAUAUUUAUCUUAUUUUGCCUUGUAGCUGCAUUGGUUUUGUUUGUGACACCAUUUCAAGUGAUAGCAGCUUUGGCAGGUUUCUUCAUUAUGAGGCAUCCAAGAUUUCGCUACAGGACACCUUCUGCACCUAUCAACUUCUUCCGUCGGCUGCCUGCUAGGACAGAUAGUAUGUUGUAAAUUGAAUAUUUUGAUGUUUUUUUAUAUGUUAAAAUUUUGUAAGUGCUUCAUCUGUGUUGUCUUUACUGUUAUUUCCCUUCUUUACUAUGUGUUGGCCAUCAAACUUAUGAUUGCUAAGAUAGAUCCAAAAUAAUUUGUAGUAGCAUAUGUGGCCACACAGAAGUAGAAUAAAGAGUUGUUAAAUAGAAUUAUGCUUAGAAAAUGCUUGUACAAGAACGGUCAAAUUUUCACUUCAUGGCAACUUAAUUAUGAUUUAAUUAA